CAGGGGUUUGGGUAGGCUGCAGGUAACCCUCACCCCAGCUGGCUGCCCCUCCACGUUGCACUCCCUCCAGGCAGCACCCCAUGGGGCAUGUUCAACUCCAGCAGCAAAAGAGGUACCCAUGGCUGGCAGACCCCAGCAGUGGCUCCUCUUCAUGCUGUGACCUUGCAUGUGGCUGUGAUUUACUUACUGGUGCAAAGAGGUGCAUGGGGAAGGAGAAGGGGGUGAAAAGGGAAGAGGGGAGGGUGGCAGCUGUCUGUGGAGGUGGUUGGUGAGCAAGGCUGAGCUCUGAGGCAGGGAGCUCCUUAUGCCAUGCUGUGGGUGCAUGCAAGGUGGGGCACUGCUGGGGGGCAGAUUUGGGAUAAGGCAGAGGGGCUGUUCCUGGGCUGGGUAGCAUCAAUGUCCCAGUGAGAGAUGAGCUCACCCCUGUUGGGUGAGAGGAGCAGCCAAGCCUCCUCCAUGCACCCAUUGGUGACAGUUUUGCACCCCUCUAUGGCUCCCAGUGGGGGGGUGCCUGUGCCAGGCUGUGUAGGUGCAGGGGUGAGAGCUCACCUCUAAGUCCCUUGGGCAGCUUUGUGGUCUCCCUCCUCCUCUGCAGCCCGGGUCCCCCGAGGGACCCCAGAGGGUGCUGGGGCGGGAAGAGGGAGGGCCAAGGCAGGUCUCUCCUCCCCUGCCCUCCCCUUUCCUGCCUUGCUGGGUCUGUUGCUCUCAGACCAGCUGCCUGCUGGGGCUGUGUCUGGGGGGAUGUCGGUUGCUGGAGUGCUCUGGGACCCGCAGGGGCUGCAAACGGUGGGCAUCAUUCUGCUGCUCUGCUCCAGCCUCAAGCUACUGCAUGCCCUGGGCAUCAUCGACCUGUCCAGGGGAGACAGCGUUGAGGAUGAGUUUGAGCUCUCCACCGUCUGCCACCGCCCCGAGGGGCUGGAGCAGCUCCAGGAGCAGACCAAGUUCACUCGCAAAGAGCUGCAGGUCCUGUACCGAGGCUUCAAGAACGAGUGCCCCAGUGGCAUUGUCAAUGAAGAAAACUUCAAGCAGAUCUACUCACAGUUCUUCCCGCAGGGAGACUCCAGCACGUACGCCACCUUCCUCUUCAAUGCCUUCGACACUGACCAUGACGGCUCCGUCAGCUUUGAGGACUUUGUGUCUGGGCUGUCCACCAUCCUACGGGGCACCAUUGAUGAUCGCCUGAACUGGGCUUUCAACCUCUACGACCUGAACAAAGAUGGCUGCAUCACCAAAGAGGAAAUGCUGGACAUCAUGAAGUCCAUCUAUGACAUGAUGGGCAAAUACACCUACCCAGCCAUGCGGGAAGAAGCACCCCGGGAGCACGUGGAGAACUUCUUCCAGAAAAUGGACCGAAACAAGGACGGUGUGGUGACAAUCGAGGAGUUCCUGGAGUCCUGCCAGAAGGAUGAGAACAUCAUGCGGUCCAUGCAGCUCUUUGACAGUGUGAUUUAGCUCCCGGACCUGCCUCCAGCUGAGCUCUCCUGCCACUGGGCCCAGAACCUGCUUCUCUCUCGACUUUUCCUUCAAGCCUCCUCUCCACCGGCUGCACAGACACCUCCAUGAAAACAGGUCUCCCUUCCCGGAGACACGGUCAGCGCUGGGAUGCUCCCUUCCCCCUGGGCUGGCUCUGCUUUCCUUGGGGGAUCCCAUGCAGGUGCUUCUGGACAUUGGAGCAUGGGCAUGGCUGACACGGGGUGAGCAUUUGGCCUAGAUGGACCUCUCUGCACCUGCUCCCAGCAGGGAAACUGCAUCCUUUGGCUGUGAUAGAUUUCCCCCAUGCACAGCGUCCCGUGCAGCCACAGCACCCCAUCCCUGACCCUCCUCAGCCCUGGGAGCCCCCAGCA